CAGCCCUCGCUUGUCUCAGCUCUGCCUUUGGAGCCAGCACCAAGGCUGAGAUGGAGCUGGGCGAGCGGGAUGGGCAGGAUGGAGCUUCCCUAAGCCUUGCGGCUCCACUUUAUUCAUCCCCCCCACCCCCCGUGAGCUGCCAGCCCCGGGGAGGAUGCAGGCGGGAGCCCUCGGGGUGCUGAACCCCGGGGAUGGGGCUGGGCUCGGGGUGACUCAGCCCACGGCACACGCUCUUCCUGUUGCGAGUGACUCAGGUGGAGCAGCCGAUAAAAACCACCCAUCGAAUAACUAAAAAAAAAAAAAGAAAAAAGGCCCAACACAGGGAAGCGAUCGGUGGGUGGUGGCCAUCCCUGUGCCAGAGCGGGUUCCUGCUGCUCCCCGGCACACGGGAUGGCUCCGGGAUGGUUCCUCUCCCUCUUCUGCCUCUUGGGCUCCUUCCUGCCUGCGGUCCUGAGCACCCACGGAAGAGCAGGCUCCCUCAUCCUGCGGUGUGACGGUGACAGUCGGUGCAGCUGUAAGCCUGGUGCAAGGGGUGAGAAGUGUGACCAGUGUCAACCAGGCUUUGAGGCCAGGUGCCAGAGGAGCAGGCAGACCCCACAGUGCGAGUGUGACUCUGCUGGCAGCACAGGGAGCUGCAUCUCCGGCCGCUGUGUCUGCAAGGAGGGAGCUACAGGGGAGCACUGUGAGAGGUGCAAGCAAAACUUCUAUAACUUGGACCCCAGGAACCCAGCAGGAUGCUCCCCCUGCUUCUGCUAUGGGCACUCAGCCGUGUGCAGCAGUGCAGACAACCACAGCAUCCACAACAUCACCUCCACCUUCCAGCAAGGUACUGAGGGCUGGUGUGGUAUCCACAGAAGUGGCUCCCCAGCCCAGCUCCAGUGGUCCCCACACCAUGAGGAGACUUUCCUAGUGGCCAGGAGAUCGGAGCCGCUGUACUUCAUGGCACCCGGGAAAUUCCUUGGCAAUCAGCAGCUGAGCUACGGCCAGACGCUCUCCUUCGAUUAUCGCCUGGACCAAGGGGGUCACCAUCCAUCUCCUCAUGAGGUGGUCCUGGAAGGAGCUGGCCUGAGAAUCACUGCUCCCUUCUUGCCCCAGGGGAAGAUUCUGCCCUGUGGCAUCAGCCAGACAUACACAUUGAGGUUGGAUGAGCACCCAAGCAGCAAGUGGAGUCCAAGGCUGAAUCACUUGGAAUAUCGCAGGUUGUUGGGAAACCUGACAGCUCUCUGGAUCCAAGCCACCUCUGGGCAGUACAGCAUCGGCUACCUCGACAAUGUGACCCUGGUGUCAGCACAACCAGUGCCCGGGGUCCCUGCCCCCUGGGUGGAGCAGUGUGAGUGCCCAGCAGAGUAUAGGGGCCAGUUCUGCCAGAGAUGUGCCCCUGGCUACCGCAGAGAUGUCCCCAACCUCGGGCCCUUCAGCAUCUGUGUGCGAUGUGAUUGCCAGGAGGGAGGAAUUUGUGAUCCUGAGACUGGUGAAUGCUACUCAGGAGAUGAAAACGUGGGCAAUAUCCUCAGCUGCCCCUUGGGUUUCUACAGGAACCCCCAGCAGCCCCAGGGCUGCCAGGCCUGUCCCUGCCACCAUGGCCAAGGCUGCUCCGUGGUGCCAGGCAGUGAGGAAAUCAUCUGUGACCAGUGCCCUCCUGGAGCUGCAGGGCCCAACUGUGAGUUCUGUGCCGACGGCUACUUUGGGGACCCAGCUGCUUCCCAGCCCUGCCAGCCGUGCCAGUGCAAUGGCAACGUGGAGCCCAAUGCCGUGGGGAACUGUGACCCCAGGACAGGAGAGUGCCUCAAGUGCAUCCACAACACUGCUGGCUUCUACUGUGACCGCUGCCAGGACGGCUUCUAUGGCAACCCCCUGGCCUCUGACCCUGCUGGGAAGUGCCGAGCCCCUGCUUGGGACUCGGCCUCUGCUGAACCACUGAGGUGCAGGAGUGAUGGGAGCUGCAUCUGCAAGCCUGGCUUCCAGGGUCCUGGCUGUGAGGAGAGUGUGUGCCCAGCUUGCUACAACCAGGUGAAAGCCCAGGUGGUCCUGUACCUGCAGCAGCUGGCAGAGCUGGAGCAGCUCUUCCCAGAGGUUCUGGUUGGUGGUCAGGAGAGCCAGGACCAGGAGAGGAGGAUGCAGGUGGCCGAGGAGAUGCUGCGGAACAUCCUUGGGGAAUCCCUGAGCCUCAAAGCCUCUGAGAGGUCUCUGGAAAGCCGCCUGGCCGGGAUGAAGGGGAGAGGGUCCAGCUCUCAGAGCUGUGUGGAUGAGAUCAAGGCCACAUUGAAGGCACUGAGGGCUCUGGGACAGCAAUAUCAGAGGCAGGUGCAGGACACCUGGCAUGUGCUGGAGAGAGCCAGGCAGGACCUGGACCACAGUGGAGCUGCUCUGCAACGUGUGAACAUCCCUGUUUCAAGAUUCCCUGGGGACUUGAGUGAGUUCUUGAUGCUGGCCCAGGAGGCUCUGAGACUGGCCAACAGCCACCUGCAAGCUGCCAAUGCCAUGGAGCAAGCUGUGAAGGCAGCACGGGAGGAUGGGCUGCAGGCAAUGGAGCUGCUGCAAGGGGCUGACAGUGGAGAGAUGGCCACCUCUGCCUCCCUGACAAGCCUGCUGGACAAGCACAAGAAGCUGAAGUUGCUGGCUGAGGACUUGAAGGCUGAGGCAGAUGGCAUGGCCUCUGAGGCAGACACUGCUUAUCAGGGUAGCCUGGAGCUCCUCAACUCCCUGUCCCACCUGAUGAAGACUGACAUCGGGGCCUUUGAGGGGAAGGAAAGUCAGCUGAAGCAGGAGGCCAAAGUUCUCCUGAGCCUGAUGGACACCUACAUGGCCCAGUACAGGCAGCUGCAGAGCCACACAGGGCGGUGGGAGGAGCAGAUCCAGGAGCUGCUGCAGAGGGGAGAGAGCGAGAGAGCGAUGCUGAUGAAGCUGCUAUCCCGAGCCAACCUUGCCAGGAGCACAGCCCUGCAGGCUGUGAGUGCUGGCAACACCACCUUCUACGAGGUGGAACAGAUCCUGAAGAGCCUCCGAGAGUUUAACCUGCAAGCAGAGGACAAGAGAAAGGCAGCUGAGGAUGCCAUAAGGAGGCUCCCAGUUAUCAGCAGCAUCAUCUCAAGUGCCAGGGAGAAGAUGGGCAGAGCUGAAGCAAUCCUGGGCACUGCUGCUUCUGAAUCCAAGGCAGCCAGCAGUGUGGCAGGAGAAGCAAAGGAGAUCACCAUGGGGAUCCAGCAGGACAUCACAGUGCUGAAAAUGGAAGCCAACAAGACAGUUGAUGGUGUCCUCACCCUGGAGAAGGCAGUGGCCACCCUGCAACGUGAGGCCAAGGAAAGGGAUGGGGAACUGGAGAGGAAACUCUUGGAGGUUGGGGCGGAUGCUGCUGUGAUCCAGGAGACAGCUCAGGAAGCUCAGAGGGUCCAUGCCAAGGCUGGCCAGGCAGGGGUGGCCGUGCAGGAGACACUGAGUGCCAUGGAAGAGCUGCUGCAACUGAUGAAUCAACAGUGGAAUGCUGUGGAUGAGGAUGGGCUGAAGCAGCUCCAGAAGAGUUUUAGCAAAGCCAAAACCAGAAGCAACCAGCUGCAGGGUGAGAUGCUGGCACUGGAGCAGAGAGCUGUGCUGCAGAGGGAUGGGGUGCAGCUGCUGGAGAGCAACAUUGACAAGAUUCUGGCAGAUAUUAAGAACCUGGAGGAUAUCCAGAAGAGUCUUCCUUCAGGCUGCUACAACACAAAAGCCAUCGAAUUACCAUGAGUGAGCUGUCAGGAGAUUCUGGCCCACUUUUCCUUCCCAAAUUCAGUGUUUGAUUGUGUUGAACCGACCUCUGCCCUCAAGUCCAACGUGGUGGCUGCCAUGGGGCCCUGGAGAGUCCCUGGUUUUCCAGAAAGGCUUUUCCCUUGGCCACAGGAGGAAGGAGAUUCCCAGCUGUGUGAAGGUGCUGGUGACUGCAUGACAUCCCAUUCCUACACCAGUUCUCAGGUGCAUGUGGAGGUUGCUUGGUAUCAGCCUUGGGAGCUGGCACAGUUGAGAGCCUGAAGUUCACAGCUCAGAGGUUCUCCCACCCCCCAUGGAUCCUCUCUCCUGGUCUGGCACACACAGAAGGAUUUAAAGCCUCUGUCCUUGCUUUUGACACUGCUGCCACCACCUCAGGUUCUCCACAUGGUCUUUUUUUUUUCCUUUUGUAGCUCAGGAGGCAGAGAGUAAGCAAGCCUGACACCAGUGAUGCUUCAGCUGCCUUUCUGCUCCCAGCCUGCCCAGUCCUUGAUUGGAAGGGAUGGUGCUGGUGUGGCUUUUGCUGUGUUUUUAGCAUCAGACACUGCUGCUGACCCUUUUCAUGAAGCUGCAGGUCUUUCAUGGUGCUUCUCAGUGAGGUGGUUGCUGCUAACAGGAAAAAAAAAUAAGGGUACCAACUGCUUUUAAGCUCAGGGUGAUGUGCUGCAUGGAGGGAGAAGGGGGUCCCCAGGCUAGCAGGUUAGGAGAGGACCACCAGGUCAGGCUGGAUGGAGCUUUGAUCAACCUGAUCUAGUGGGAACUGUUCCUCCCCAUGGCAGGGGGGCUGAACUAGGUGAUCCUUAAAGUCCCUUCCAACACAAACCAGUUUGUGAAUCUAAAUGGAAACACUCUCCUGCUCCAUUUCCUCCCUUCAGCCAGGAGGAUGUGCCCCCCUUUUUCUUUCUGCCAGACUUCUCCCUCAUUUCCAAACCCUGAGGGAUGCCUUUCUUGCCAAACUCCUUCUUGGCAAGCAUCCUACCAUCCCCUUACACUCUCAGGUGUAACCUUUCCUUCAAACCCAUUCAUUUUGGUACCAGGUUGUCCCAGAGCCCAGGAAGAGCAAGGUUUUAGACAUUUUCAGUGUUUCCACAUCUGAUUUGGUGCUGCCUAUUUCCCCCCUCCCUUUUCCAUCACUGCAAAUGGUGUUGGAUGUUUCUCAGAGGCUUAAAUACACCUGAGUAGCUCUUGAAGGAGUUGAAGACCAAAGUGCUCCUCACCUGCUGCUUUCCUGCAGGUCCAGCUCCAUCCCAACACCUCCCAGCUUCCUUGAGAUGCCAUUUUAGGGGGAAAACAAACCAGUGGAUGCUGCCCCCCGAGCUUGCAUGGUGGUGAAAAGAAAAAGUCCUGAGUGGAUGUGUCACCCUUCACACCUCUGAUUCUCUGAUAAAGCAGUGACCAUGAUUUCUCUUGAAAAGGCUUCCCCAAGUUCUAUAUCUGCCUCAUCAUUUAAGAGAGAUGUAUUCUUGCCCCUGACGUGUCUUCCUCCUGUUGUACAGCACAGGGACAGGUAUUACAGCCCUGAGUAUUAUUUUUCCAAGAGUUGGGUUUUUUGAAAGGCAGAAGGUCAAUAAAUGAUGAAUACUUUGAGCUGGGUCUUGCCUGUUGAUUUCUUUUCUCCAGCUCCCAGUUUUGGGGGA